CUUCCGUCAACACGUUUUCACAAUCGACAACCAACUGUCAGAUACUACACCAGCACGUGUAACGUGAACGAAGCAGAUGCAAUUUUGUUAGUUGUUCAGCGUUGUGCGUUACGUGGAUCGAAUAGGUGGUUGGAGGAGGCAUCACAAGGUUUUUGCUGUGCUAUUGGUCAUCGUGGUCAGAUUUUCCAUCACCUGUCUAGCAGGAACUUUUAAUUCCAUAAACGUAAACAAGUACCAGUGUUGUCUUGUUGCUGGAGAUGGUAAAAUACGGAAUGAAAAAAGCGCGCGGGGCAUUCACAUCUGUGCCGGAAUCGUCAGCACUUCUGAAAGUCCUGUCAUUGUGUUCCCAGAUAAGAAGUUUAUAAUGCAUCAGACAGCACAGAGCCAACCACUGUUACUGCCGGGCACAUUUGUUUCAUCGCAGGAAACUUUCAGAACGUUUUCCCCUGGCUAAGGAGAAUCUACCACCAUGCGGUGCUCAGUAGAAAAAUUAUGCAGAAAAAAAGUACACAUUAUCUGUUUGGCAGCAUUAUUGGGUUUCUUACUGGUAACAAAUCACAUUCUGCAAAAACUUGAAUCAAGUCAGCGAAGAACUUUGCAUGACUUUGCUAAUCCUGAAAUGAAACAAAAAGAAGAGACUUUGCCAUUGAGAACGAAAAAAAUUAAAGACUUAAUUCAGAAGUACCGCUUUGAUCUUGACAUGGUCAUAGAUGAUUCGCCUUGGGCUAUUGCAGCCAAAUGGGUGAAGGCCCGUGAAAUUCAUCCAUCUCAUAUUCCUGAACUAGGGGCCAUUUUGAAUGCUAUGGCAUCAUAUCCGAUCACACAAGCUAGUACGGGUCACAAAGGGACACAACUCAAGCUUAAACUACGCUUGAAACACGGUCAGAUUGUGGCGUUCAAACCCAUGUGGUACAAAAGAGAUACGAUUUUGUCAGGAUCCCCAUAUAUCGGCAGGGAUCGUCACAAUGGUGAAGUCGCAGCCUUCCAUCUCAAUAGAAUUUUAGAGUUCCGACGGGCUCCAUUAGUUGUUGGUCGCCGAAUUAAUCUGGACACAGAGAUCAUUCCUGUUGCGUCACCUGCACUACUGAAGACGUUUUUCACGAAUGGAAGUAACACAUGCUUUUAUGGAAAGUGUCUGUAUUGUUUGGGCAAAGAUGAUGGGGUCUGUGCAGAUAAAAAUAUUCUAGAAGGCGUUGUAGCGUUAUGGUUUCCACUUGAGAUGAAGCUUCAGCUGAGCAAGCAUCCAUGGGCACGGACCUACAAGAAAAAUGUCAAGGCUUUAUGGGAAACUGAUGAUACCUAUUGUGAUAAAAUCAAGGGAAUUCGUGUCUUCCAACACAGCCCACUGCUCCUGGACAUUUUGGAUACAGCCAUCUUUGAUUACCUCAUUGGAAAUGGUGACCGUCACCAUUAUGAAAGGUUCAGAGAUGAACCAGAUGCUGCCCUGCUACUGCUAGAUAAUGCAAAAAGCUUUGGAAAUCCCAAUGUGGAUGAGACAUCGAUAUUAGCUCCCAUCAUACAGUGCUGCAGGUUGCGAAAAAGCACCUGGGAACAGUUGCUGAUUCAUGAAGACGGAGACCUUGGGGCUGUUUUAAAGGGUGUUCUGGAGAACGAGGUUAUCUCCCCUGUCUUGCAUGAUCCCCAUUAUACGGCCAUAGACAGACGACUGAGUCACGUUCUGAAGAUAAUACGCAACUGUAUCCACAAACAUGGAGAGGACAAUGUGUUGGCAGAAAAUUGAUGUUUUAAAAAUGUGAAAAAAAAAAGGAAUUGAAUUUUCAUGUGAUUACAUAAUUUUCUAUUGGUAAUCAUGCAUAGCCAACUGGCUCCUCUAUAAGCUAGGGUGUACAGUAACAUGAGAUUGGAUAAGCCACUGCUCUGAUGAGACAGGUACACACUGAAGUUGGGCAGUUCAACUGAAUGAUGUUUUACUGAUCUGCUGUGGUUUGCUGUUGAUCUUAUACAUGCCACGGGGCCUCUGCGUGCCUCAGUUGGCUGGUGCGCUAGCACAGCGUAAUGACCAAGGAGCCUCUCACCAAUGUGGUAGCUGUGAGUUCAAGUCCAGCUCAUGCUGGCUUCCUCUCCGGCCAUACGUGGGAAGGUCUGCCAGAAGGGCGUGGGUUUCCCCCGGGCUCUGCCCAGUUUCCUCCCACCAUAA